UAUUUUCAACGUUGAAUAUUGAAAAUGAUACGAUAUACAAAUAGUCUGAAAGGAAAGAAACAGCUGAUACGACGAUGCGCGUGCGCUCAGUUCGCCAUUUUAAUCGCGUUGGAGACAUGCAGAAGCAUUAUUCGUAAACCGGAGUACUGCGACGAAAAAAAAAAAAAAAAGCGCUUAAAAGAUCCUGUCCACCGCUCGAUUCCUAUGUAAAGGCAUAAUCAUCGUCGUACAUGAUCCUGUAUUCUGUAAAUCCACGUCACACACAUAGAUGUACAGAUAAUCUCGUCGCACAUGUGCGCGCUCAUCAGGGCCAUCGUCGCAGCUGAUCGCAUCGAGUUCCUUUUUUUGUACCCUUUUCCGAUUCGAUAAUGUCUAACGUCCUCUAGCCUUCGACAUCCUCGCCGGAGGAUUGCGCUGCCGUUUCAGAGAAACUGGUCCUGCCGGCUCGCGACGUUUCUUACAACAUCGUGCGCGAUUCUACAUCAAGGAGAGGGACAGGAGGGUUUACAUCCCUGACGUGUCACAUCGGCCAGGUGCAGCUCGAGCAUUUCUCAGCGCCCCAGCAAGGGUGUCUCCUAUCUCUCUCUCUCUCUCAACGAUCCGAUUCUCUAACAAUGCUAUUCUCGAAUACGAGGGAAGGGAAACGAGCCGUUGCAUCGAGGCAACCCGCUUUCUCCGGAGGAUUUAUCGAAUGCAUCUCCACCCAACGGAGCGUACCCGGUCGCGUGAUCACGGAGCUAUCUCAUCCUCCAUGCGCAGUGAUUUUACGCGGCGACGAGACGUAAUAAAGUCGGCUCGAUAAAUUCGCGCUCGCGACGAAAAGCGUCGUCCUGCGCAAACCCUGAUUUCGGCCCUGAUGAAAGGCUGCGCGCGACCUAGCGCGAUCCAAGGCUAGGCAAGACCUAGCGCAACCUCGCAGGAGGAAGAGAGAAGGCGAUAGCGGAAGAAAGGGCGCGACGUGAGCAGGAAGAGAGAGAGAGAGAGAAGCUGUGACGCUGCAGGCGGUGCGGAGACGCGGGGACAAAGAGGAAAGCUCGUGCACGACCGACGAGAGUCAGUCGACUAUUAGUGGUCUGCGCCUGUGGAGGUGGGCCGGCCACCGCAGAACCGAGCUCGGGCGCGCUCGGCCGCACUCGGCCGCGCUCGGCGCCACUCGGCCGUUCUCUUCGCGCUCCUUCGUCCGUCCGUUCGUUCGCGCUCGCUCGUCAGUACGUCGGGAGCCGCGGAACGGGAACGACGCUCGCAACAUCAACUCCCACGGCGACGUAACAGUGUCCUCGCCAUCAUCGCGCUAUGUGACGGAUAUCGCGGGACACCCUGGUGUCUCCUUCGCUCGUACUCGUUCCCUGCCCCCUCCAACGACGCGCCUCGGGAUCCCUCGCCCUUUACCGAGACACCUACCUACCUCCCCUCCCCCAUCCCUCCCCUCCCCCCUGACCGAUCUUCGUCCACCGCCCCGCUGUGGAAAAAGAGAAAGACGAACUGCCUCGUGAACGCUCGCACCACAACGACGACGACGACGACGACGACGAGGCGGCCACGAGGGCCUCGUGGAGAAACGUGCCUGGAGGAAACAUGGAGUGCCCGCACCUCGCUCAAAGCGUGCAAUUCGGCGAUGACAACGUAGAAGGAUCGGGCUGUGCUGUGAAGGAUUUGCCGUUCGUCUGCGCAGUGUGCGGCACCGAGAAGAGUCCCUGGCUCUGUCUGCACUGCGGGACCGUGCACUGCGGACGAUACGUGGCGGGUCAUGCGUUGCAACACUACGAGACUAAUACUCAGCACUGCGUGUGCAUAGACUGUGAGAGCCUGGCAGUAUUCUGCUACACCUGCGACGAAUACGUGGUGAACGACACUACGAGCGGGCAGAUCGAGAAGAUACGGCGCGUCACCUUUCGCAAGGACGAGCACAAGGAGAAUGACGAGAGCUGGAGUACGUCGCCGCCCGCGUCACCGCCGUCCUCGAGGACGCGCGACAGCGGCGGUGAUCACGACAACGAUCCGGACGCCCUUUGGAAGGCGGAGGUGGUCGUUAGAAAUCUACGACCGAGAACGGCACGCAAGAGGCUACACUCGCUGGACGCCAGCAGCGCGGACAAUCGGCCGGCCAAGCGCCGUAGUUCCAAGAGUACCAAAGAGAAAAAAGUCGUCGGGCUGAGAAAUCUCGGUAACACCUGCUUCAUGAACGUGGUGCUGCAGUCGUUCAACAACAUCAGCCAUUUCUGCGAGUACCUCACGCAGAUGCCGUGCCUGGAGGGCAUCGCGUUCGACGAGUCCACGGGGCCGCCCACGCAUCGCGGUCGAAUCGUCACGCCGGGACGCGCCAAGGAGAUGUCCAUGAGCGACGCCUUACUUGCCGAGGAGCUACGAAAGGUGCUGCUUGGAUUAAGCCUAGGUGGCUCCAACGGCCAGGCCAUAUCGCCCGAAUGUCUGUUUCUGGCCAUUUGGAAGGUCGUACCGAGAUUUCGUGGCUACCAGCAGCAGGACGCCCACGAGUUUCUCACCUACAUGCUGGACCGGCUUCACACCGAGCUGUUGCAGCUGCUGCCCAGGCUGGGACACGAGCCUCUAGGAUUGCGCGGCAAACAAAGCAUCGUCACUGCCGUAUUUGGAGGCACUCUUCUCAGCGUGGUUCACUGUAUGAACUGUCGAACGGACUCGAAGACGCACGAGCCCUUCCAGGACCUCUCGCUGGACAUACCGGACAGGCUGCAGAGGACUAGGACGAAGGAGCAGGAGGAAGUAUGCAGUCUGACUUACAGUUUGACAAAAUUCUUCAAAGUCGAGGAGUUGGCCGACAGCGAGCUCUACUUCUGCGACAACUGCAUGGGCAAGCAGAGGUCUACCAAGAGGUUCUGGAUACACAGGCUGCCUAACGUGUUGUGCCUUCACAUUAAAAGAUUUAGGUGGUGCAAUUCCUAUCGCUCGAAGGUGGACACGCAGGUGGAUUUCCCGAUGGAGUCUCUCGAUAUGUCCGCGUUCACAGUGCGCGGCGUGACCGGGACGAGAUUGGGCGCUCAGAAUAGUCAUCUCUACGACUUGGCUGCCGUUAUCGUGCACCAUGGUUCUGGUGCCGGUACUGGACAUUACACUGCCUUUGCCGUGCAUGACGGUCAGUGGUUCCAUUUUAACGACAGCUCCGUGCGACCGGCGACUACCGACGCUGUCGCCAAAUGUAAGCCUUACAUUCUGUUCUACGUGCGGAGAGAGUUCUCCAUUCCACCCCCAUUGUGACGUCGUUUCUCCGACAAGAAGCCCCGUCCUGGCAGUGCGAGCCUCGACGACGAUGACGAUAAUAUGGAUGUGGAGCGAAUAAAAGAGAACUGAGCGAACGUUCCUUGCGGAAUCUCGCACGAAACGAACAACCAAGCGGAAGAAAAGCAAGAGGAUCGCCGGAUCGCGCCUCGAGAAAUCGGAAGACGGAGACUCGUCCGCUUAUCGCAUUAAUGAUUGCUCAUCGUUGCCAAAUCGUACAAUCUUGUUAGAAGCAUAAUUCGUCCGCGUUCGUUAUCGCGCCUCGACAAACUGCGACCUUUGAGACGCGAUUAGGAUAACCGGCUGCAGAUAUAAUUGCGCCGCACGCAGUCGCUUGAGCGCGUUUCUCCUCGUGCUUUAUCAGGCGUCGUUAAGAUAAUUCGCGCAACUCUCGAAUAUCCGUGAAACAAGAAAUUGGUAUACGAGCACGUAUCGCGUCAUAGAUAAUUACUCUCACAAUUUUUCCAAUCAUGUUUGUUAUUUUUGUUGAAAAUACUUUGGCCUGUCUAUUCAUCGUUGUUUUACAGAGAUAGGACUAUUUUUUUUCUUUUGGACAGCAUCUUUUUUCGUUUACUUAGUUUCGAUCAAGAUCAUAAUUGUAACAUAAAAUGUUUUUAUUUGAAAAUAUGUGGAAUUAGAAAAAAAAGCUUGCGCUCUUGCAAUGUAUAUUUAGUUAAAAUGAAUCGAGGUGCUCAUUUAGACGAUGCGCUUGGAUGAGUAUCGAAUCGUACCGAGUUAUUUGCUUGGAAAUAAGUGAAAGAGAGAGAGAGAGAGAAAGAAAGAUUCGGAGAAGGCGAGAAGAUGCGAGAGAGCGUUACGAUGUAUGAUUGAUGCCGGACACGCAUGCGUAACGUGUCAAUGUACGUAGCACGCAUGCGGUCAACGUGUACGUGGAGGUGCGCGAUUGUAUGCGAAGCGUGUGCUGGCGGGCGAAGCUUCUCUUCCUUUCUCGGUAAUGGUAGAGAGAAG